AAGCUCACUAAAACCCACCCUGGGGAAGACGGACGGAGAGAGGGGGCUGGGGAACUGCGAAUGGGGGAAAGUGGAAAGGAGAGAAUGUCAGUCAUUGAGCAAACCCAGCGCUGAGAGGCAGCACUGCACCUAAAACACUGUUUGCGAGCGACACAUCUACCUUAGAUUCAAUCUCUGCUUUUUCCUCGUUAUUCCUAGACUCCACGCAUAUUCCCUCUCUCAGCGAUACAUGCAACUGAUACCACUCUGAACACAAGAGCUGGCACAGCCUGCCUCGCUCCACAGCAACCUUGCAACGAGGUGUUAACUAGCCUACUUUCCUUUCCAUGCGACUCCGUUAUCUCCGGUGCUUUCGCCAGCCUGCAAUUGAAAAGUUUCGGUUUUGAGGAUAAACGAAAUCUACGACCUUCAAAGGGAUUGUUUAUAACAACACGGUGACCUGAGGAGGAUGAACCCGCAGUGAGACUGGACCCUUCCGUGAGGACCCACCUUCCCCUGACCUGCGUGUCCAGAGCCGCCUCCCGCAGCCCGGACACCCCGCCCCACUCCUUCUUCUCUCAGCCCCUCCUCUGGGCCCAGGAACCCCACUCCUCAGGUACCAGGAUGGACCUGCACCGGGCCGCUUUCAAGAUGGAGUCGUCCUCUUACCUUCCCAACCCUCUGGCAUCCCCGGCCCUGAUGGUGCUGGCUUCCACCGCCGAGGCCAGCCGCGACGCCUCCAUCCCCUGCCAGCAGCCCCGCCCCUUCGGCGUGCCCGUCUCCAUGGGGGAGAAGGACAUGCACCUGCCCUUCAACAACGGCUCCUACACCUUCGCCUCCAUGUACCACCGUCAGGGAGCCGUUCCCGGGGGCUUCCCCAACCGGGACUUCCCCUCCUCCCUGCUGCACCUGCAUCACCAGUUCGCCCCCCCAAACCUGGACUGCUCCCCCAUCAGCAUGCUGAACCACAGCGGGGUGGGGGCCUUCCGACCCUUCGCCUCCCCUCCAGACGACCGCGACGGGGCAGGGGGCUACCAGUCUGCCUUCACCCCAGCCAAGCGCCUCAAAGGCUGCCUGGAUGCAGACGCCUCUCCCCACCUGCGCUACACGGACGCUGAGGGUAAAGAGUAUGACUUUGGGGGGGGACAGAUCCCCUCCAGCUCCCCAAGCGCCCUUAAGGCAGUGGAGGAUGCUGGGAAAAAGAUUUUUGCAGUGUCCGGCCUGUUGUCCGACCGCGAGACGUCAUCGAGCCCAGAGGACCGCAUCGAACGCUGUAAGAAGAAGGUGUCUCUGUAUGACAGCCAGACGCCCAUCUGUCCUAUCUGCCAGGUGUUGCUGCGUCCAGGAGAACUGCAGGACCACAUGGAGCAGGAGAUGGAGCGCCUCACCCACAUGCACCUCAGUAAGAACCCAUCACACGGACACAAGGACGGCAGUGUGGUUCCAGGAACUCCUAAGUCUAUGCUGUUGUCGGUGCACAUCAAACGCGAGGGAGAGUCACCGGUGGUCUCCCCUCUGUCUUCUGAAGAUGCCCACCACUCCGACAGAUACCAGACGUUUUUAAGAGUGCGAGCAAACAGGCAAACGCGGUUGAAUGUCGAUGACCUCUGCUGGUGCAGGCGCUACGCCAAGGAAAGUGUCAAAAAUGCUCCCCUUGGACUGCACAAUGGAGCCCCCCUUGCCCCCUGCUGCAUUGGCCACGCCCGGAUUGGGAAGAUGAAACGCCGGAAGCCAGAGGAUGGGCAGGUAUGUCCACUGUGCAGCGCGCCGCUGGCAGGGACCGAGGAGGAGAUGAGUAGGCAUGUGGAACAAUGUCUGUUCAAGAGGGAGGGUGUGUUUGCUGAGGAUGACUCUGCAGACAUGGACGGAGAGAACGGGACACGUUUCGAGGAGUACGAGUGGUGCGGCCAGAAGAGGGUCAGAGCUACCACCCUGCUGGAAGGAGGCUUCAGAGGAACAGGCUUUGCCAUGUGUAGCACGAAGGAUAGCCACGACAGCGACGUCGACCUGGACGUGGAUGGAGACGACACGCUGGAGUACGGCAAGGCCCAGUACACAGAGGCAGACAUCAUUCCCUGCUCCGGAGAGGACCAAGGAGAAGCCAAAGAACGGGAGGCCCUGCGCGGGGCGGUGUUGAAUGGUGGAAUGCCGUCCAACAGAAUAGCGGCAGAGUUCUCCAAAUGGGCCAGUGAUGAGAUGCCCUCCACCAGCAAUGGCGAGAGCAGCAAGCAGCAGCUGCCUCAGGACCCCAACGCCACCUGCUCAUCCUCCAACGCGCCCCGGACCUGUAAAAACAGUGAAAUAGAGAAGAUCACAGAGGGCUCGAAAGCCACCACAUUUGAAGCACUAAAGGCUCGUAUCCGGGAACUGGAGAAACAGAUCCUUCGAGGGGACAGAUAUAAGUGUCUCAUCUGCAUGGACUCGUACACGAUGCCCCUCACCUCCAUCCAGUGCUGGCACGUCCACUGUGAGGAAUGCUGGCUCAGGACUCUGGGAAAUAAGAAACUGUGCCCACAAUGCAACACCAUCACAUCGCCAGGAGAUCUAAGGCGCGUCUACUUGUGAAGAAGACUACGCCUUCCCUGACCGGCCUCCCCUCCAACCCCC